CACUAUCAAGAAAGUUGUCUGUGGUCGUGUCUUAAACGCGGGGGGUCGCUAUAUAAGGAAUCCUUCCUAAGGUAGAUUUUUAUUAUUAGUUGACGAUUAACCAAGAAACAUGGCGGAGUGGAUUUUGAAUUAUCCCGCGCGGCGAGAGAACAAAUUGACAUAGCGUGAUAUAUUGUACUUUAUUAUUGGCCAAAAUAAAGAAUACAGAUAGAAAAACUGUUACUAUUGGUCCUUGAUGAAAGUAAUGAGUAACUAACUACGAAAGAGUGCGUGAAGACAUUGUGAAGUUAGCUUCGAUCGUUUGAUCAACGAACUGUGCCGAAAACUGCAGCGUUAAACCUUGUUUGAAUAUCUUCUUUGACUGAAAAUGAUUCGUGUCCAAGUAAGUAUAUUUUUAGCGUUUCGUUUUAUAAACCUUUCGGCCGCUUACGCCCUUAGAACUGAGCCAAGACAACCAGUAAACACGGUUGCACAAGCACACCCAACACCAGCAGAUCCUGCUGUGGUCAGAGCUGCACCACAUCAGGAGCAACCUAAUAGAAAUGUUGCGGAUGCAUGGGCCGACAGUGUACUAGGUGGUUUGGAAGACCAUCCACCUUGUCAACACUGUCUGAUGGGACCCUGUAUCACUGUCAGUGAGGUAACCAGGAUACAGGGAUCAUGUGCUCCAGAUAUUACGAACCAUUCAAAACGCCACAAAAAUUAUCGUAAGUUCUGGAAGAGUCUAAAGGACAGGGGUUUGUGGCAGCACGAACUUUAUCUUCAUAGGAAGACCUCAGCUGGCCUGAGCGAAGUUGAACUUCAGGAACUUAUGCCCCAAUGUGUCCUUGAUGACACAAGGAAGCGCUAUCCCAGCCCACCGGGUGUGCCAUACAUGGGGCACAAAAGGGCGUAAAGCGAGGGCCAAAAUAAAACGUAUAAGUGGAAUAGAGAGGGUUGGGGAGGGAGGGAGACCUUUUCCAAGCAACUGUGUUUUGUCAUGGAAAAUCAGCAUUAUUUGUGAUGUUACAUUUAUCCCUGGCAUAGGGUGUGGAGCUGGGGGGGAGAGGGAUGUUGUAGCCACCCUUCUCCCCACAUUAAGGUGCCAAAAAUAUUGAUACUGCAGCAUAAAAAUGGUCUGAAAAAAUAUUUUGUUUUGUGAUCUUUUUAAAAAUAUUUUCAUCAACUAUAAGAACCAUUUGCAAAGCUCUCAACAAAACUCAUCACCAAAACUCUUCUAGAAGAGAUCCACAGUGUAAGAUCCACAGUGCAUUUGACAAUUAUCUGUGGCAUCACUGACUUCAAAGUGCACAUUUUCUGCCCUAAGAAGACCAAAAACCUACCUUAGAAGCACCAUGAAGCAGGAUUGGCUAAACAAAUGCCUCCUGCAUUGUUGUAAGUCUAUUAGGGACACAUGGAACACCAUAGACAUUAACAAUGAGGGCCCCCCCCCCAUGUUUCAAAAUGCUCUGCUGCCCCAGCCUUGUAUUAUUGCUAUAUGUCUAGUGACACUGUGGAGCUUUGAAUGGUUUAUAGACCUGUACUAAACAGACUUGUACAGAAAGAUAUAUUCAAGCUGUGUGGUGCUGGGUCUAUCUGUUAAUUAACUUUAAAAUGUGACUUAUUGACAUUGUUUUGGGAAGCAGAUAAAUGCAAUCCAGGUUAGAUGAAAAUUGUUAUACAGUACUGUAAAGCAAAGUUCAUUUGCCGUAUCC